CACCGAUCAACAGAAAGAGCCGAAGAUGUCGGCUCGGUCAUGUGAUCAGCUGUGUCCAAUCACAGCUGAUCACAUCAGUGCCACCUGUCAGUGUCCAUCAGUGCCAGCUGUCAGUGCUCAUCCAUGCCACCUGCCAGUGCUCAGCAGUGCCACAACAAUGCCACAUAUCAGUGCCUACCAGUGCACAUCAAUGCCACAUAUCAUUGCCCAUCUGAGCUGCCUUUCAGUGUCACCCAUCAGUGCCAGUCAGUGCCACCUAUUAAUGCCAGUCAGGGCCACCUAUCAGUGCUGCCAAUCAGGGCCGCCUAUCAGUGCCAGUCAGUGCCGCCUAUCA